AAGAAAGUUGAAAUGGAACCAUCUAAGUGUGUCAUAUUGGUGCUUUCAUAUUGUUUUCUCUUCUGUUUGGUUGCUGCAAGUAACGAAAAUGCUUUGGUGAGAAGUGAAGCUGAAAUAGAAGCCAUAUCCCACCAUUAUCAAACACUCAAAUUAAGCUCUUUCGUAUCAUCAUCUAUAUGUAGCCCUUCCACUAAUGGUGAGAAGAGAAGGGGGUCUUUGGAAGUGGUUCACAAACAUGGACCAUGUUCCAAGUUCAGUGAAGACAUGGUGAAACCCUCGACAGUAGACGGAAUAUUCUCCCAUGAUCAGUCAAGAGUUGACUCAAUUCACAACUCAGUGAGAAAAGACAUCCAAGGGUCGAAGACCAGUCUCCCUGCAAAAUCUGGCAGACCAAUCGGAACAGGAAACUACAUAGUGACCAUCGGACUGGGCACCCCAAAGAGAGACCUUACACUCGUAUUUGACACAGGAAGCCAUCUAACAUGGACACAAUGCCAACCAUGUGCCGGGUCUUGCUAUAGACAAAAAGAACCCAUAUUUGCACCUUCCUCAUCUUCUACCUAUUCCAACAUCUCCUGCAGCUCAUCGGAGUGUGCUAAACUCCCUUCAGCCACAGGAAACGUACCCCGUUGCAGCUCAUCUACAUGCGUAUACCGCAUACAAUAUGGAGACAAUUCCGUCACUGUUGGAUUGUUUGGUAAAGAUAAACUCACACUGACUUCAAACGAUGUACUUGAUGGUUUCUUUUUUGGAUGUGGCCAAAACAAUGUAGGACUCUUUGGAGGUGCUGCUGGGCUUUUAGGACUUGGUAGGGAUAAGCUCUCUAUUGUGUUGCAGUCCGCUAACAAAUAUGGGAAAGUCUUCUCCUAUUGUCUCCCCUCAACAACUAGCUCUACUGGUUUCUUAACGUUUGGAAGUAGCGGAAUUGGUAGCAAUGUUAUUUACACGCCACUCUCUGCCUCACAACAAAACUCUUUUUAUGGUCUUGAUCUUGAAGCUAUAUACGUUAAAGGAAACAAACUAGAAAUAAGUCCGACUGUGUUUACGACAUCCGGCAUGAUCAUAGACUCGGGAACUGUGAUCACAAGACUCCCACCUACGGCCUACUCAGUUCUAAGUAAGGCAUUUCGAGCAGAAAUGGCACAAUACCCAUUGACCCAAGGACCGACGCUAUUUGAUACAUGCUAUGAUUUAAGCAAAUAUGAGAAUGUCACAAUACCCAAGAUAAGUACGGUUUGGGGUGGGAAUGUAAACGUUGAAAUUCCACCUCAAGGGAUACUUAUUCCAGUUAGCGCCGAAGUUUACUGUUUUGCUUUUGCUGGGAAUCGGGAUGAUUCUGAUCUUGGUAUAUUUGGGAAUACGCAGCAAAAGACAUUGGAGGUUGUGUAUGAUCUGACUGCCGGAAAGAUCGGAUUUGGCCCUGGAGGAUGUUCUUGAACACAAGUGACCAAAAUAAUUUACAAGGGUAUCAAUUUAGCAAGAAGAUUGAUAAAUAAGGAUUGGAUGUACUUUUUAUUGAUUACCAUUUCUUUAUAUUAAGAACUAUGCAACUAAAUGUACGUUAUCGAUUACUAUUUAAUUGACGAUAAAUACUU